GGAGGGCAUGAGCCCGAGCUCGUCUGUGUGCAACCAAGUAGCUAAUGCUCAACGGUAAUCGAUCGUGUGGAUUUUAUAAAACGAGAAAUCGAUUGAGAAAAAUAAAGAAAGGAACAUAAUUUGCUGCAGGAGUUCUACCUGCCUCCAUGUCAUUGGCAGUGCCCCCAGAUCCAACUGCCACCAUGUUGCUGGAAGCACGAGACCUCGCCCCAGCACCAGACCUGGCCCCAGAUCCAGCUCCAGACUUAGCCUCAGAACUAGCCCCAGAGCUAGCCACUGAACUAACCCCAGAUUCAGCUCAAGCCCCAGAAUUAGCCCCAGAGCUAGCAUCAGAUCCAGCCCCUGCCACUGCUCCUCCAGUCCCAGUCAUGAACCCGGGGUGUAAGAUCAUGACCUUCCGGCCCACCAUGGAGGAAUUCAAGGACUUUGCCAAAUACAUUGCCUACAUGGAGACUCAAGGAGCACACCGUGCAGGCCUGGCAAAGGUGAUUCCUCCAAACGGCUGGAAGCCGCGGCAGUCGUACGACACCAUCGAGGAGAUGGUGAUCCCGGCUCCCAUCAUGCAGGUGGUGACGGGCCAGUCGGGCCUCUUCACCCAGUACAACAUCCAGAAGAAGUCCAUGACCGUCGGGGAGUACCGUCAACUGGCCAACAGCAGAACGUACUGUACUCCCCGACACAAGGACUUUGACGACCUGGAGAGGAAAUACUGGAAGAACCUCACCUUUGUUUCGCCCAUCUACGGCGCUGAUGUCAGCGGCUCCAUCUACGACCCAGAGAUCAGUGAGUGGAACAUCAGCCACCUGAACACGCUGCUGGACAUGGUGGAGCAGGAGUGUGGCAUCGUGAUCGAGGGGGUGAACACGCCCUACCUGUACUUUGGCAUGUGGAAGACCACCUUCGCCUGGCACACAGAGGACAUGGACCUCUACAGCAUCAACUACCUACACUUUGGAGAGCCCAAGUCAUGGUACGCCGUCCCACCUGAGCACGGCAAGAGGCUGGAGAGACUGGCGCAAGGUUUCUUCCCAGGCAGUUCCCAGGGCUGUGACGCCUUCCUCCGCCACAAGAUGACCCUCAUCUCCCCAUCCAUACUGAAGAAGUACAGCAUCCCCUUCGACAGGAUCACUCAGGAAGAAGGCGAGUUUAUGAUCACCUUUCCCUAUGGCUACCACGCCGGUUUCAACCACGGCUUCAACUGCGCCGAGUCCACCAACUUUGCCACCCUGCGCUGGAUCGACUACGGCAAGAUGGCAACACAGUGUACGUGUCGUAAGGACAUGGUGAAGAUCUCCAUGGACGUGUUUGUGCGCUGCCUGCAGCCCGAGCGCUAUGAGCAGUGGAAGCAGGGCAAGGACGGCACAGUGCUGGACCACCAGCGACCCACCACCCUCAACAGCCCAGAGCUGGAGUACUGGAGGGCCAACCGGGUCACCUACCGGGAGAAACUGCUCCGGAGAGCUUUACAGAAGAAGGAGCAGCUGCGGCGGCUGAAGCUGGAGGAGGUCAAGGUGCUGGCGGAGGAGGGCAUUGAGCUGGACGCCGCUGACUACCAGAGGCAGGUGGAGGAGCGCGAGGCCCAGCGGCGGCAGGAGAGGGAGGAGAGGAUGGCCCGCGAGGCCCUGCAGACCCUGGAGGCCAUGGAUAGAGAGGACCAGGAGAGGCAGGACGCCGUCGCCGCCCAGGCUGCAGGAGGUGAGGGUGUAGGGCGAAGUAGGCUGAGGUCUCUGAACUUGGAUCCAGAAGAAGAAGAAGAAGAAGAAAAGAAGAAGAAGAAACAACCCGCCCUGCCGUCCGACCCCAUGAACUCCUUCCAAGCAGCUUUUGAGAAGUUUGCCACGUUUAAUAUCCCGCAGCCCCCAAAGCAACCCAAAGGCAGCAGCCCCCCUCAGUCGUCGUCCUACUCCAAGCAACUGAAGAUGAGGAUGGAGGUAAAAAAGAGUCGCCGGCACCCCCUCAGCAAACCACCCAUGCGAUCCCCACUCUCCAUCGUCAAGCAGGAGCCAUCUAGUGACGAAGAGCUAUUCUCCCCCUGGCCACUGGAUGGCGACGUGAAGAAGGCGGGCCACUUGUGGCAGAACCGCACGGCCAACUUCCUGGCCGAGAAGGGUUUCAACGCGGCCGUGGCCACCCUGGAACCCUACUGUGCUGUGUGCACUCUGUUCUGUCCGUACACACAGCUCCAGAAGGACUCUUCAUACCCGACCGACAGCCCCGGUGCCCCUAACCAUCACAACGUAUCCCGCUGCGGCAGCCGCACCCAUCCGCUGGUCCCAGAGAUGUGCUUCAGCGCCGGGGCAGGCAACACAGAGCCGCUGCCCUCCAACUCCCACACUGGAGACGACGGCACCAGUCCGCUGCUCUCCUGCUCCUCCUGCAGCCUGCAGGUCCACGCCAGUUGUUAUGGUGUUAGGCCGGACACAGUACACAACGAGGCCUGGAAGUGUUUGAGAUGUACAGCGCUCGCCUGGACAGCGGACUGCUGUCUGUGUAACUUACGGGGAGGCGCUCUGAAGAUGACCACGGACAACCAGUGGGUCCAUGUGAUCUGUGCCAUCGCUGUGGCCGAGGCCCGCUUCGUCAACGCCAUCGAGAGGGAGCCGGUGGACAUCAGCGCCAUCCCAGAGAACAGGAAGAGUCUGAAGUGUGUGUACUGCCAUAAAAACACCAAGCAGAUGUGCGGCGCGUGUAUCCAGUGUUCCCACGACAGCUGCUCCACCUCCUUCCACGUCACCUGCGCUCACAUCGCCGGCGUGCUCAUGAAGCCUGCCGAUUGGCCCUAUGUGGUGUCCGUCACCUGCCACAAGCACAAGAAGACCAAUCACAAGGCGAGGGCGGGGCCAAGGGGGGAGUUUUCUCUGGGCCAGAAGGUGAUUGGUCGGAACAGAGACGGCUGGUUCUACCCCUGCACCAUCAUCGGCAUGGCGUCGCAGACCUUCUACGAGGUCAACUAUGAUGACGGCUCCUACUGCGACAACUUAUUCCCAGAGAACAUUGUGAGUCAUGACUGUCUUCGUAACGGCCCACCAGAGAUGGGCGAGCUGAUGUUGGUCCACACCAUGGAGGGCAAGGCACUCAACGCCUCCUACGUCAAGGAACACGUCCACAAGCACUACCAGGUGGAGUUCCAGGAUGAGUCCCAGUUGUUACUGAAGCAAACAGAGAUCCACUCGCUGGAGCAGGACCUGCCCAAAAGGGUCUGCGCCCGCCUGGCAAUACCAACCCAGGAAGGUGUUAUGCCAGGAGAUGAACCACAGGCAGCCAAGCGGCCUCGCCUCCCCGCUCCUCACCCCCCACCUCAAGCACCCAUGGACUCAACACAGCAGCACCUCGGAUGCCACCCCCCAGCUACAGCCCCAGCACCUCACAGUAUUACACCCACCACCCCCAGCCAUGCCCCUGCUCCCCCCAACACUGACAUCAGUGCCCCUACCCUCACACAGGCUCUGGCAAUACCCAUCCCAGAGCCCACCCUUAACCCAAUGCCCGCUCUCCCUGACCCCUGUCUCGCUGACCAUCUCCCAGCCGCCCCACUGCUGCCCCUGUCCCCAGCCAUGCCCUCCCAGGACCUGGGUGACGUCUACACGCCUAGCUCCAGCUACGUGUCCUACAUGGAGACUCUGCUCAAUGCACACUUCCCCCCUCAGGAAGAGGGCCCCGGUCCCCUCUUUUAAUGAGACACACCACUCAGCAGUGCUUGCUAGGCUCACAGGAGCUAAGCUAAUGCUUUGAAAGAUAACUUAAUCUAUGCUAACGGAAGCUAACGGAGAUGAAGCUAACGGAGGCUAACUAAUGGACAGAAGCAUCUGCUACACAUGAUCUGAAAACAGGGCGCAGAGAAAGCACUCCUCAGUUGCAUGUCUUUUUUCAUUUGAAUUUUCUCACUGUGGUUAUGGGCAGCUCCUGGAACUGCAGCGGAAGAGGAGGCUUCUUUCCCACCUCUGUAUCUCUUCCAUUGUGCAAGACACAAUGUGUAGACAUGAAUAGACUCUCGCGAGCAUCAACGCCGUACCUAUCUGCAUCCAUUUAUUUAACUAUUUCCCUCGCUUUUACAGAAAGGAGAAACCCUUCACUUGGGCACGUGACGUCAGCAGUCUACGUGCUUCAGCUUUUUGAGUUAUUCUAUGAAACCAGCUACAAAUCUUUUUUUAAUAGAAGCCAAACCAACCUCUAACAAUAAAACAGAAGAUCAAAUGGACAGAAUAUUUGUGUACAGUUUCAAUAAUGUAUUUUUUUGUGCGAGAGGUCCUGGGAAAAGGGUGGGGAUGUAUUACGGGGGUUUCACAAGUAUUUAAAUGUCUUCGUCACAUAUUGAUAUAAAAUAUUUGUACAAAGAAAAAAAUGUUCAAUGCGACCAUGGUAGUUACACUUUACUGUAAACUUGUCUGCAGAACCAUUGAAUUUUGUGAAGAUGUGUUGCAGUAGUCACGAACGUGACCUUGUAUCGACUAAACCCAAAAUGGUCAUGUACACAAACGGCUCACGUUUUCCAACUCCAGAACUUCUCUGGGCUUGUUUUGUAGCAUUCUUCGUAAAAUGUAAAAUCAAUUCAAUGUUACUAUUCAACUUUGUCUGUUUGUAUGACUAUUCUUUCUCUGUUUAUUUUGUGAAUAUAUUAACUAACCUCACGAGGUGACAGAGAAAAUUGUUUGAUUAUCAAAUUAUGAUCCUUAUUUUUGGAGAUUUUAGAAGCAUAAAUUACAUUUCUACUCCGGUGAAGAAAUAAGGAAUUUUCAAAUGGUGUGUUGACUCUUUAUAUAGGUGCUACAAGGUAUCCUGGACUACUGAGGAAGCAUGUUUCUCAUACCCUUAGUCACAUUGUACAUAGUGCAAGCCUUGUGUAUGUGAAUCAAAUCUGUCAAUGUCAUAUUUAUUUCAUAGGAAUUAAACAGAGUUGCAAUGAU